UUAAACAAUAUGGGUACAAUACAUGUGGGUACUGUGGUUGAAUGAGGCUUAAAGUUAAAAAUGCUGACUACAUUGUAAAUGGCUAAGGAAAGCAUUAAAGAAAGCCUGAUGGUGGCAUAAACAGUUAUUUUCGGGUAGGCCUAAUUCUUUGAAACAGUUACCCUCCGGUUGUGCUCAGUCGCCACUGCUUCCCGAGUUGCCUGCCUGGAGAGGCACAUUUUGAGGAGCUAUGACGUCACCAGUAUCGCGGAGUGAAAGUCGCGCCUGUAUCUGCAGCUUUUUAAAGAACAGGGGCAAGCCUCUAGGAGCUGGCACAUAACUAGGACCGGGGCUUGUGGCGCCGAUGUAGACGGAACAUUGAUUACAAGUUUAUGUAGGCUCUUAAUUCUUAAAACCAACAGUCUACAGUGUAGCCUACAUGAAGACAUGCAAGGCGACCCAGCGAAUAGACUGUUGAACUCUCAUCGCACUAUGUCGUUUUGACUUAAAAAUGCCUGAAGAAAAGGGAUUUUCGAGGGGAAACAUCAACGGGAAGGAGUGUGCAAGGAUCCAUCGAGGCGGUGAGCGGUGAAACUAAGGGUACUGGUGUAGCAGCAUACAAAAAAUGCAAUGCGUAAUUGAUGAGAUACCCCAUGCGGAAAAUAGCGACACGAAACAGUUUUUUUGUUAGAAAAUUGCCGGGAAGAGACAUGAUUGUACGUCCGGAUCCAGUUUUACGCCCGCUGUAUGCAUGAUAUGCACCGAAGAGAGUGUUGUUGAUCAGCGCGCCGAGUCACUGUGCUUGCAGCUAAAAGAACAGGAGCUGCGAUCUGCGGUUACUGCCACGAGCAGAUGACUGAGAAGUGACCGCUAGAAAUUCCAUCACUUUGACUGACGCCAAGAAGUCCCCAGGACAACGGGGUAGAAUUGAACAAAUGUGAAAGAGAAGUUUCCACUUUUAUUUCAUUUAAGUACUGAUAACACCGUUAGGUCGAUUGAAACGGUCAAGAUCAUUCCCAUGCAUGGAUUGUUUAUAUUCUGACGACCUUUUUUUCGUUUCGUGAAUACAAAGGGAUUUUGCAUCUCGUUUUUAGUUGUCUUUUUUUUGUUGUUGCCGUUACGACGUCGAUGCACGGGAACAGAAUGGAUUUGUCUGUUUUCUGAGGAUCACGGGCUCCGCUGCCCGGGUGUUCCGAGUCUCUCAACGAUGCAGAUCCUCCGAGUCGCGUGGGCUUUCGCAGGGGCGGCAGUCUGCUGUUUUAUUAUUUUUUUGAUCCACUCACACUUGAUGAAAGAAGGUCAGCUUGCGGCGGGGACGUGCGAAAUCGUCACACUAGACCGCGACAGUAGUCAGCCGCGGCGGACCAUCGCCCGUCAGACAGCGCGCUGCGCCUGUAAGAGGGGCCAGAUCGCCGGGACAACGAGAGCCAGGCCAGCCUGUGUGGACGCUCGCAUCGUGAGGACCAGGCAGUGGUGUGAGAUGAUGCCCUGUUUGGACGAUGAAGGCUGUGACCUGUUAGUGAACAAAUCUGGCUGGACUUGUACACAGCCUGGGGGGAGAGUCAAAACAACAACGGUGUCCUGACAACCGUAGCCAAGGAGACUCCCACGGUGAGGUGCAGUCCGGACGCAGCGACGGCCGCCUCCCACCUCCCGUCUUUGCCGCAGUGGAAUCGCCCGCCUCCCGCCACUCGCUCGACAUCUCCAUCCGUCUGUCCGUCCAUCCGUCUGCGUCAUACAUGGACAGCGCCCCCCACCUUGUGCCACGUUGAACUACAGGCUCUCGUCUGUGCACCUCACCCAGAACAAGGGAGCCAGGGAUGUAGCGCACUCCAACUGCUGCCGCGACACACUUUUAGGAGGGACCCUCGAUUUCCACUCCCGAUUGUUCCACGCUGUUGGAGUUCUAGUUUUGCCUGAGAGGGAGUCCCCUCCCCACCCCACCCAAACCAACGCAGCCCCGCCACAUCCCUAGGACUUUGGGGUACCGGCUCGCCGUGGACGGGUCCAGUGGUUCUUACUCAGCACGAGGCCGUGGAGAAAUGGACCCUGCUAUGCCCGUCUUGUGUAUAUGGCAACUGCUGAACUUAAUAUUUGGCGCUUUCUCGAUAUUUUUACAGACCAAAGAAAAACAACAUUUUGCGUGGACAGGAUGGACCAAGUUGAAAACAAAUGGCAUUCUGGGAACCUUACGGAUUCAGCUGGACAGCAGUGGACAGCUGGCAAAAUCACACACACACACAAAUGCGUGUAAACGUGCACGUGCUCUCACACACAGACACACACACACACACACACACACACACGCACAUGACUGCUGCUGAAUGGAGCAAAAGGUUUGUGGACAUAAAUAAGUGACCUGUUCAAUCUGAAAUAUCAAAGGACCUUUAAUACUUUGCUGACGUUUUUCUUGGACUUAACUCACUUUGGUAUUUGAACCUGAUUCAUAUAUAUGUAUAUAUCUAUAUAUACAUAUAUAUAAAAUCAGGUUUUCAUUUUCCAGUAGCUAUAUUUGGACAAUUUGCAAUAAGCAUGGUUGGUUACAGUAAAUGAGCAAACCAUUUAUCACCAGAAGAGAAUAAAACGAUGAAAGAGUCGUAUCAGUUUGGGGAAGAGAAAAAAAAUCAUUAAAUGUAUUUUGAAAAGCCUAAAGUUAUAUAUUUAACAGUUUUAUAUGUUGUAUCUUUGUAGAAAACCUUAUUUAACACAAAUAAUGUGGUAACAAUGGCAGUCAUAAACAGUGGAUACAAGAAGAACUCUGUGCUCAUCUUGCUGGUCUGUCCCAGUAUUUCAUUGGCCCGUGAUUGGCCGGUCUACUUUUCUAUCCAUUGAUAUUGUUUCAGUCACAUGACCAACAUUGGCUAUAUAUUAAAAAGAAAGGGGAAAAACAACUAGACUUUAUACCUCA